GCCACCCGCCAAUCAAACCCAAAGAAGGAGAGGAAGAAGAAGAGCGAGCGGACCGAUGGCUGCGUUCGUUUAGCGGCAACUGCUUUAGAAACUGUUUUAAUUUCACCGCUGGUUUAGUGGAGUGGUGCUAUGUCUUCGGGAAUGACUGGGCAAACACCGUGUUUAAGCAGCCGUUGGGAUCAGCCGGCCCAGCCUAAACAGAGUGUAGAUGUACGGCAGCAGAGGGCCCAUGAAAAUGCAGCCCACCCUGUCUCUUUACCAGGAGUCAUGGCCGCCCCUGGUUCAAACAGCACAGCUUCGCUUGCACCAGAAACGGGAGAAAAGCCAGCGCCUCAGGGAGGGGUUGAAAUGGCUGCAGCAAUGGCUGCUAAGAUAAACGCUAUGCUUAUGGCAAAAGGGAAGCUCUUAACCCCUCCACCAUUACUUGCAAAGACCCCUGCAAGUUUACCGGUGCCAACUGUCACGGAGGAGAUGGUGGUUACAGAGGUUGAUAUAAACGACGUUCCUAUAAAUUGUAGGGACCUUCUUACUAAAGGCAAAACACAGGAGGAGAUCCGACAGUUUAGUGGAGCUGUUGUCUCAACAAAAGGUCUUUACAUGACAGAUGCUGACAAGGGGAAAGCAGCAGGACUAAGACCUCUAUAUUUACACGUCCAGGGGAAAAACCAAGACCAGGUCAACAAGGCUGUGAUGAGGAUUAAGGAAAUCAUCUCUGAGGACCUUUUGAGGGCCUCCGCAGCAUCAGGAGGGCAACAGGUGCCGGUCAUGCCACCAAUCACACUUUAUCCUCAACCUCCCCGACCGGUCAUUCCCACCCCAACACCACGGAUGCCUAACGCCAACGCAGUGCCAAGCCAGGGACACCGGCCCGCUGCUCCUCAUUCAGGGAGUUUUGUCCACACAAAGAUUUUUGUGGGUCUGGACCAGACAUUGCCUUCGUUCAACGUCAAUGAAAAGGUCGAGGGUCCAGGAGGUUCGUACCUGAGUCACAUCCAGACAGAGACGGGAGCUCGAGUCUUCCUCAGGGGAAAGGGCUCUGGCUACAUAGAGCAGGCAUCAAAACGAGAGUCAUUUGAGCCGCUUUAUGUCUACAUCAGCCACCCGAACGCAGCAGGAUUGGAGUCAGCGAAGAAACUCACAGAGAGUCUGCUGGAAACUGUGAGAGCUGAACAUGCGCGACUGGUGUCGACGUACACGGCCACAGGCUCCACACAACCAUACGCAGCACAUGGAUUUCCACCUAAUAGCAAUUACUCUAGCCAGGGGUCCUGGUAUAGCUACCCAGCAAAUGGGUAUGCUGGCGGCUAUUCAGCGUACCCAGGAGCCGGUGGUUAUUGGAGUAAUGCAAAUGGUCCCCCAAGUCAUUCUAACAUGUCGACAAACCCUCCAUCUUCUCAGGCAAUGGUUCAGUAUCCGGUGUGUCCUAGGAAACCACAUCCCUAUCUUGUCCAGGAUCCAGGCAGCAGUGAGGGCGUGGAGCCUGAAGAAUCUCUGAGCACUCCCCUUGAUUCAGGAAGUCCUAAACAGCAUUUCCUGGAGGCGGCUAAGGACGAACAGCCCACCAGCAGCUCUCCAAAGAGCCCUGCUCGCCAGGAGUCCACCCUUCCUGCAUCCAGCGCUGGAGAAGAGAAAGUAGCAGAAAGGUUUCUGAUGCCUCCACCGCCACCUCCCUUCGUGGCCCCGGCCCCCGUUGCUCACAAAAGGCAGAGAGACGCAGCGAGAGACGAUCCGGCGAGUCAUCCCAGCAGCAGCAGCAGCAGCAGCAGCAGCAUCGCAUCAACGGGCGUUCCAGAGGACGUGCCCCAGAAGAAGAAGUCCAAGUUGGAAGAAGAUGCGUCAGGGCUGGUGCCCUACGGAGGAGAUUCCUCUGACGAAGAGGAGGAGAGGACACACAGCAGUAAGACAGAUAACUCAUAGCCUCUGCCCCGUCCUGUCCCUAGUGUCUAGGUUAUCCAGACCCAAAGUCUGCAUUCAGCCUAUCGACCCCAUCUCAAACUCAAAUCACAUUCAAGAGGAAAAGUCCACCUUUGUAAUACACAUAUACACUGUUUGAGGCUAUACCCGUGUUUUUUCCCAUGUUUCUCUCCAUUUACUACAAAGAACAUAUUGCUUACCAUUUCCCAAUAAAAAUAUUCAGUAUUUUAACGUCAUGGUUUUUCAUUAAUCUGAAAUUUCUGAUGCCACUACAAGUAUUGGCUUCCCUUUUAGGAAACGUGUUGUAUUUGUAAGCAGUUUAAACAUGUGAAACAACACCAGCAUAGUCUUUGAAUUACACCUGUUAGUUCCUUCUCUAAUUUUCUUUACAUUUUUACGCUUUGGUUUUUCUUUCCUGUGUAUUUCCCAUAAUGUCUUUCUAAUCCCAUGACACAUGAGACAUGUGAGCCAGUUGGUUUUGGUCAAGUGGGCAUAGUUAAAUAUAUGCCCACCUGUUUAGCAAAUGUAAAUAUAGAUGCCAACUAGUUCCCCGCCACUGUGGCUACAUGUCAUUUAGGAAAUUGGAGCAUUAAAAAUCAAUUUUCUAUAUUAUCUCCCUUUUGUUAUUUCUGACUUUUGUGUACUGUCUGUCUCUUAAGUGUUUAAUUCCCAAUGUUUGAAAUUACAGAGAAAAACAGCACAUCAUCAGUGACCUGUUUUAACAGUGUGUAUGUAUUCAGGGUGGACUUUCCCCUUUUUUAGGAUGUGAGUGCAAUUGUAUAAAAAUUACAAAGGGAGUUGUUGUUUUUUUUUUUAAAAAAAUGAAUUUCUUUGUUUUUAUUUUUUUCCCCCAAUGCAUCUUUUGUCAAUCAAAAACAAAAACCUUUUCCUCUUUUUGAAUUUCAACGCCUUGUCCGUUGCAGUUACAGAUGGUUUAAAUACAUAUUGUACAAUUGAGUGAAACCAUUUUGUAUCUUGGAAAAUGGUCUAUGCCUGUUCCCAUGGAAUAUUUAAGUAAAAUAAAAACAGCUGAAAAUC